UGGAAGCUUGUGGUGAUAAGCAGAAGGAACACGGCAUUUCUCCCUGUCCUCUCUGAGGUCUCUCGUCUAAAAACAUUUCUAAUUGAAAAUUGAAAUCGGUAUAUAAACAAAUCCACCUGCUACUCUCUGACACUGCAUCAUUUUUCCUUGGGAGAGACGAGAGGAAGAGAAAUCGAAUCCGUCUAUUUCCGGCGAGGCCAGGAAAGGAAAAAAUAUGGGGGAGGUUCGCGGAGGAUGCUGUCCGCCGAUGGAUCUGUUCAGGUCGGAGGCCAUGCAACUGGUGCAGCUUAUCAUCCCUAUCGAAUCCGUCCAUCUCACCGUCUCUUAUCUCGGCGACCUCGGUCUCCUUCAGUUCAAAGAUCUCAAUUCAGAGAAGAGUCCAUUUCAGAGAACUUAUGCUGCUCAGAUCAAAAAAUGUGGAGAGAUGGCACGGAAAUUACGAUUUUUCAAGGAGCAAAUGGAGAAGGCGGGUGUGUCACCUUCAUCAAAGCCUGUGACACGAACUGACAUUGAUAUGGAUGGCCUAGAUUUAAAACUUGGAGAACUUGAGGCAGAACUCGUGGAAAUGAAUGCAAAUAAUGAUAAAUUACAACGUACUUACAAUGAGCUUAUAGAAUACAAGCUUGUUCUCCUAAAGGCUGGUGAGUUUUUUUCUUCAGCAUUAAGCAGCGCAACUGCUCAGCAGAGGGAAAUGGAAUCACGUCAAGUUGGUGAAGAAUCACUAGAUACUCCUUUAUUAGCAGACCAAGAAAUAUCAACUGAUUCAUCAAAGCAAGUAAAGUUGGGGUUUCUCACUGGCCUCGUUCCCAAAGAAAAGUCUUUGGCAUUUGAAAGGAUUAUAUUCCGAGCUACCAGGGGCAAUGUGUUUAUCAGGCGGGCUGCUAUUGAGGAGCCUGUAAUUGAUCCUGUUUCUGGGGAGAAGACUGAGAAGAACGUAUUUGUUGUGUUCUAUUCUGGAGAAAGAGCUAAAACCAAAAUACUCAAAAUAUGUGAAGCUUUUGGGGCAAAUCGUUAUCCUUUCACUGAGGAUCUUGGCAAGCAAAACCGGAUGAUUGAUGAGGUCUCAGGAAGAGUCUCAGAAUUGAAGACUACCCUAGAUUCAGGAAUACUUCAUAGGAGCAAUUUGCUGCAGACUAUUGGUGAUCAAUUUGUGCAGUGGAACUCAAUGGUGAGGAAGGAGAAAUCCAUCUACCACACUCUAAACAUGCUUAGUCUUGAUGUGACAAAAAAGUGUCUUGUCGCUGAGGGGUGGAGUCCUGUUUUUGCCUCAAAGCAGAUCCAAGAAGCAUUGCAACGAGCUGCAUUUGAUUCCAACUCACAGGUUGGGGCCAUUUUCCAGGUUUUGCAUACAAAGGAGUCCCCACCUACAUAUUUUCGCACAAAUAAAUUUACUACUGCUUUUCAAGAAAUUGUUGAUGCAUAUGGGGUGGCCAAGUAUCAAGAAGCAAAUCCUGGUGUAUACACUAUCGUUACAUUCCCUUUUCUUUUUGCUGUCAUGUUUGGUGAUUGGGGGCAUGGAAUAUGCUUGUUACUUGCAACCCUAAUCUACAUAAUCAGGGAAAAGAAACUUUCUGGCCAGAAGCUUGGGGAUAUUACUGAAAUGACCUUUGGUGGUCGUUAUGUUAUCUUGUUGAUGGCCCUCUUCUCAAUUUACACCGGUUUGAUCUAUAAUGAGUUCUUCUCAGUUCCCUUUGAGCUGUUUGGAAGCUCAGCAUAUGCAUGUCGUGAUCUUUCUUGCAGGGAUGCUACUACAGAGGGGUUGAUUAAGGUGGGCUCCACUUACCCAUUUGGUGUGGAUCCUGUGUGGCAUGGCACUCGCAGUGAGCUGCCAUUUCUAAACUCUUUGAAGAUGAAAAUGUCAAUCCUUCUUGGAGUUGCCCAAAUGAAUCUUGGUAUCAUAUUGAGUUACUUCAAUGCUGUUUAUUUUCGAAAUGGCUUGAAUAUCUGGUUUCAAUUCAUUCCCCAAAUGAUAUUUUUAAACAGCUUGUUUGGCUAUUUAUCACUCCUUAUCAUUGUGAAGUGGUGCACUGGUUCACAGGCUGAUUUAUACCAUGUAAUGAUAUAUAUGUUCUUGAGUCCAACGGACGAAUUGGGAGAAAACCAGCUCUUUGCAGGACAAAAGAUAGCUCAGCAAGUUCUGUUAUUACUGGCCCUUGUUUCAGUACCAUGGAUGCUGCUUCCAAAGCCUUUACUUUUGAAGAAGCAACACCAAGAUAGGCACCAAGGACAGUCAUACACACCACUUCAGAUCACCGAGGAGUCUCUCCAAGUGGAGGUGAAUCAUGAUUCCCAUGGUCAUGAAGAAUUUGAAUUCAGUGAAGUUUUUGUACAUCAGUUGAUACAUACCAUUGAGUUUGUGCUUGGAGCAGUCUCAAACACAGCAUCUUACCUUCGUCUAUGGGCCCUCAGUCUUGCCCAUUCAGAACUGUCAAGUGUAUUCUAUGAGAAGGUUCUUCUCCUUGCUUGGGGGUUCAACAAUGUAAUUAUCCUCAUUGUCGGCAUCAUCAUCUUUAUUUUUGCAACUAUUGGUGUGUUGCUGGUGAUGGAAACUCUCAGUGCUUUCCUACACGCUUUGCGACUUCAUUGGGUGGAAUUCCAAAACAAGUUCUAUGAGGGAGAUGGUUAUAAAUUCUAUCCUUUUUCAUUUGCAUUGCUCAGCGAUGAAGAUGAUUGAUUCACCGACUCAAAUCAUGGUUGGCAUCAAAGAAAAUGGUACUCGGUGUGCAUUGGUAUGAAUUGGUGUUGAUUCUAUUCAUUCAACCAUGACCAGAAGUUCGUAUUAAUCUUGUAAGGGUGAGUUGAGGCAGCUUUCUACCAUUUGAGCACUGCUUCUUUCCCAUCCAAUUGUUCUGUUCUAUUGGAAGGAAUAAGCAGUUUUCUUGUUUGGCUGGUGGGCUUGUAUGGUAUGGCAGUACCCUGGCCGAGGUAAUAAUGAGAAUAUUUAAUUUAUUCUACUUAUUUAUUGCUUUAUUUAUAAAAAGAAAAGAUGUAGCUUCUUUUGGCUAUGGUUUAUACAAAGAUCGUUGCUUUUA